GCGUGAUCGUUCUGCUGAUGAUAUGCAUGAACACCGUGUUCUCCGUACUACUAUAUCUUAUGAUCGUAGUAGUGUUCCAAAUUUGGCUCGAUUUUGCGCGAACAGUUUUCUUAUUUGCUGUCCAUUGCGGUGAGCUUUCCAGAUCUUGUCAUACAUGUACGACAUAGCUGAUGUGGUGUCAGGGAUUGCUGUGUCCUUGACAACUUUGGGGCAUACGUUCGAUUGUUCUCUCUUCAGUGCGUACAGUGCCACGCUAUCAUCGGAUAGAUGACAGGUCGCUGAACAUACCUUUGUCAGAGUCUCAACAGACAUGCACGGGCACGUAUCGCCUCUCGUUAUUCGUGGAGUGGAUGAUGGCCGUAGUUUGUGAGUGGGCAAGCAUUGCGCAUUGGCGCGUCCGUUGACUGUACACAGUCCUCCUGCACGCGAUCACUCUCUGCGUGAUGUCGCGUAUCCCGCAGCCACAACCAGAGGAACCUAUGAUACCCAAGGAGAGGCUCAUGAACGACAUAGAGGGGCAGUUCCACGAGAUCGAUUUGAAGAGCGCUGUGUCCGUGCUCAGUCCCGAUCUCGAGGUGCACAAAGUGGAGCGUGUGUCGGUCGCACCAGCCAUGCUCAUGACCCUUGGUUCGACACCUGUACGUGGCCCAUCACAGUACGCCCGCACGGCGACACCAGUCACGCUCUCGCGGACCGGUACGGUGGAUAACCUCCCGACUUUGCCGUACGGCGCAUCUUCCGUUGCUAGAUUCGUCGGCGAGGAUUCGGGCCGCGCGAGUCCAGCACCAUCCUACAGCUCCGCAGACCCGGUGACAUUUCAUGGAGCCUGGACCCCGACACGCCGCAUGCGCUCACUGCGGUUGAACCGCUACGCGGUCGACCCCCUCGCCCGCAACGGCUCAGUCAACUCGGUCGGCACCACCGACUCUUCAGCCAGCGCGUACAGCCAGAUUUCGAGCGCGACCAUUGGUGGCUUCCCGCGCCCUCCCCAGGCGGUGGUCCUGAAGCGAUCAUCUUCAGACGCGUCCACCCUGUCUCAAGGAUCGAGGAGCGCAGUGCCGGUUGACCUCCCACCCCAGCUGCGUCCGGGCACGCCUUCCAGCGCUCGUGUGUUCAACUUCCCAAGGGUGCCCACGGUCUACUCCCCGUCGACAAACGGCCCUUCGCGCGUAGACACGGCAACGCCGGACUCGUUCCAUCCCGUGGAGCCGAGCUUGUGCUUCAUGGAUCCCAAGGAGGUGGACGGCGCUGCAGCUGGUGAACAGGACGAGAAAGACAAGUUACUGGCCCGUCGGUCAAUGGGCCUGAGUCGUCAACCGACGCAGAAACUCCAGCUUCCCAACCCUUUCAGUCCAGAAGUCAAGGUCGCUCGUAGUCCCACGGUAUAAGCCUGCAGGUUCUCUUCGCCAUCCUCUGGGUUUGCUUGUCUCGCAGAGGCAGUCCUCUGGCAACCACUCGCACGUCGAGAUGUCAGAUGUGCCCAGGUCCAGGAGACGUAUCAGUUAUCCCGAAUGGUCAUUUCUCAUCUUCAUCAAGGGUCACGGAAUUUCUUGUUUGACAUACGGCAGGCUCUGUCCCACUUGGCAGAUGCUAAUCCGAUCCUUGGAAUACAGAGCGCAGUCUCUGAUUCAUUCUUCGGACAGGUCUAUUGAUCCCGUACCCGUCCAUGCUCGUAUUCGACCAGGAGCUGUUGCAGAGUUGUCUAUUGUAACUCGAAUGUACAAUCCCCGUUCCUUGAUGUCAUUGUUUAACCAAUCCUGAU